AUGGCGGCGGCGGCGGCGGGCUCUCGGGCGGGGACGGCCGGGGCCCCAGCGGCUCCCUCCGGGUGCGCGGCGGCCGCCACGGCGUCAGCACCAGGCCCGGCGGCCCACAGCGCUCCCGGCGGCGGGAGGGCGCGGGGCGCGGCGCCGCGAGUGGGGCGGGGGCCGCGGAGCCUGCGGCGGCGCCGGAAGGGGGAGGCGGGGCGCGGAGGGGCCCGGGGUCUGGCGCCGGAGGGCGGCCCCCGGUCGCGCGUCCACGGGGAGGCGGGCCGCGUGCACAGGUUUCCGGCCCCGGGGCGGCGGGGCUCCUCCCGCACACCUGCCUGCCCGCCUGGCGUCCCCGCAGGCUCCUGGGAGAGCAAAGGCUGUUGGAAAGUCGGAGCAUUAGCAGCCGGCGGAGAUGACCGGCGCUGUUUACGCAGCCCGAGCGCGACGGCCACACCGGCACCCGCCCCGGUUCACCAGCACCCGCCCCGGUUCACCAGCACCCGCCCCAGGUUCACCAGCACCCGCCCAGGUUCACCAGCACCCGCCCCAGGUUCACCAGCACCCGCCCCAGGUUCACCAGCACCCGCCCUGGUUCACCAGCACCCGCCCUGGUUCACCAGCACCCGCCCAGGUUUACCAGCACCCGCCCAGGUUUACCAGCACCCGCCCCAGGUUCACCAGCACCCGCCCCAGGUUCACCAGCACCCGCCCAGGUUCACCAGCACCCGCCCCAGGUUCACCAGCACCCGCCCCAGGUUUACCAGCACCCGCCCAGGUUCACCAGCACCCGCCCCAGGUUCACCAGCACCCGGCCCAGGUUCACCAGCACCGGCCCAGGUUCACCAGCACCCGCCCAGGUUCACCAGCGCCCGCCCAGGUUUACCAGCGCCCGCCCCGGUUUACCAGCACCCGCCCCGGUUCACCAGCACCCGCCCUGGUUCACCAGCACCCGCCCUGGUUCACCCGCCCAGGUUCACCCGCCCAGGUUCACCCGCCCUGGUUCACCCGCCCUGGUUCACCAGCACCCGCCCCAGGUUCACCAGCGCCCGCCCUGGUUCACCCGCCCUGGUUCACCAGCACCCGCCCCAGGUUUACCAGCACCCGCCCCGGUUCACCAGCACCCGCCCCGGUUUACCAGCGCCCUCCCCGGUUCACCAGCACCCGCCCCGGUUUACCAGCGCCCGCCCUGGUUCACCAGCACCCGCCCUGGUUUACCAGCACCCGCCCUGGUUCACCAGCACCCGCCCAGGUUUACCAGCGCCCGCCCUGGUUCACCAGCACCCGCCCAGGUUUACCAGCACCCGCCCCAGGUUCACCAGCACCCGCCCUGGUUCACAAAAAGCAGUGAGGACACCAGACGGAGGGGUCACUUCGCAGAUGAUGUAA